AUUAGUUCCAAGUAUUUAAAGGGAUUUCUCGUCUACGAUAAUUAUGCCCAACAGGAAGCGUGGACAGAAAUGGUUCCCUUAUCCACUCUUUCUUCCUCACACAGAAUAAGAUUCCAAAGCUCAGGUAAUGGCGAGCACUUCCAUCUUUUAUUCUACAAUAAUGGCUAAGGCUAUUGCAGGCUUCAGCAUUAUCAAACCACACCUCAAUACUUCUAAUCUCCACCAACACAAAUCAACCAUCAUCCCAUAUUCCAAACUGCUUUUCAACUCUGGGGUUUUCAGUCAUCCACAACUGCAUGAAAGUACUACUACAAAAAAGCGCGAGAGGGGCUCUCUGGGGAAAGUAAAUGCCUUCCCAGAUUGGCAAUUGAUGGCGGUUCUAGUUGAUCACAUGGAUGGCCAAAGGGACCUCAUAACCCACAAAUCAAUAGUGCAUCUCAGCGAUGAAGCUAUAAAGAAUGUCUAUAGUCUUUACAUUAUGUUCACCUGUUGGGGAUGCCUGUUCUUUGGCUCCAUGAAGGAUCCAUAUUAUGACUCAGAGGUGUACAGAAAAGAUGGAGGAGAUGGAACAGGGCAUUGGGUCUACGAAACGCAAGAGGACAUUGAGGAAGCAGCAAGAGCAGAGCUAUGGCGGGAGGAGCUGAUUGAGGAGAUUGAACAGAAGGUUGGAGGGCUUAGAGAGCUGGAAGAGGCUGGCAAGAAAUAAGAGCUCAACAAGAAAUCUUUUGCAUCAAAUUUAUGUUCUUAAUUUGACAUGGCAUAAACAUUUUGUGUAUAGAUUAAACGCCUUGGGAUGCUAUAGAUGUUGGUCAUAUAGCUUGAUUGAAAAUUAAAACCAACGACUGUUUUUCAGUAACAUCUUGCAGUUCUGAACAAAAUCAGAAGAAGCAGAAAAUAUCAGUUCCUUUUUGAAAA